CUGGGCCGCAGCGCCCCUGUAGCCUUCCUACUCUUGAUGCCGUCCAUUAAUCACUCCCAUUCAAGAUUCACGCUCCUUUACUCCUUACUAUAUAACCCUUUCUACUACUACCCUUCAUUCAACUUCCAGAAAUGUCAACUUCCGAUCAGCCCUCCGGCGACCUCACCCAUGUUGCUCUGUUCCCAAGUGCUGGCAUGGGCCAUCUUGUUCCCUUUCUCAGACUGGCUGCCGCUCUCCUCCGUCAUCACUGCAAGCUUACCCUCAUCACUUCUCAUCCUGCCGUCUCUUCUGCUGAGUCGCAACUCAUUUCCCGAUUCCUCUCUGCUUUCCCCCAAAUCACUGAGCUCAAGUUCCAUAUCGUACCUCUUGACCCUCUUGUCGCGAACUCCGAUGACCCUUUUUUUCUUCAAUUUGAAGCCAUUCGUCGAUCGGUUCAUCUUAUCACUUCUCCCCUUUCUGCCCUCUGUCCGCCUCUGUCCGCCCUUGUCUGUGAUGUGAGCUUGAUUUCCUCUGCUCUUGUGCUUUCUGCGACCCUUAAGAUACCCAAUUACGUGCUCUUCACCUCCUCUGCUAUAAUGUUUUCUCUCUUUGCCUAUUACCCGUUUGUUAAAAUGUCUGACCCAUCUGGCGAUUUGAUUCACAUUCCUGCGAUUGGGUCAAUUCCCAAAACAUCGCUCCCUCCUCCCCUGCUCGUCGAUAAUAGCAUCUUCAAGAAAAUUUUUACGCAAGAUGGUCGGAGGAUCAAAGAACUGAAUGGGGUUUUGAUCAAUGCGAUGGACGCAAUGGAAGGAGAUACCCUGAAUGCACUCAACAGUGGGAAGGUAGUGGAUGGAUUGCCGCCAGUGGUACCCAUAGGACCAUUGCUGCCAUGUGAGUUUGAGAAUCCAGAGGGGAAGUCUCCCAUAAAAUGGCUGGAGAAGUUACCUCCCAGAUCGGUGGUUUUCGCGAGCUUCGGCAGCCGGACCGCCGCUUCGAGAGAGCAAAUCAAAGAGAUCGGAAUUGGGUUGGCUUCAAGUGGGUACAAAUUCCUGUGGAUAGUGAAAGAUAAGGUAGUGGACAAGGAAGACAGAGAGGGGGUAGAGGGGGUAGUGGGGGAAGAACUGAUGGAGAAAUUGAAGGAGAAGGGGAUGGUAUUGAAGGAAUGGGUAAAUCAGGAGGAAAUUUUGGGGCACAGAGCGGUGGGUGGGUUUGUGAGCCAUUGUGGGUGGAACUCGGUGAUAGAAGCGGCGUUGAAGGGGGUGCCAGUUUUGGCGUGGCCUCAAAACGGGGACCAGAUGAUCAAUGCAGGAUUGGUUGCAGAGAAAGGGGUUGGAAUGUGGGUUGAAAAAUGGGGUUGGGGCCAUAAAUGUGUGGUGAAGGGCGAGGAACUUGGUGGGAGGAUUAAAGAGCUGAUGGAGAGUGAUGGUUUGAGAGCACGAGCUGCAGAGGUUAAAGAGGAGGCAGCGAAGGCUGUGGCUGUCGGAGGAAGCUGUGACAGAGCAUUUGAAUGGCUGAUUGGAAGGUGGAGCAAGGGCAUCUGAAGAAGGGCUGUUCAAAGGUUGUUUAGGAUUAAGAUAUAGAAUAAGAUAUAAAUUAUGAAUAAUAUAAGACGGGGUUAUUACAAGGCCCAUUAUGUGA